AUGGAGCAAGCAAUUCUUGAUGGGUUACAAAAUCUACAGCUUACUAAGGAGGAGGAAGAGGACAUUCAAGUCACAUUACAAGAUAGAGCAGAUCUUCUUGAUGAAUGCGCCCUCAGUCUCUUUGGAAAGCUUCAGUCGGACAGACAACAAAAUCAACGUGCUCUUAAGAGUACACUCAGGGCGGUUUGGAAGAUGGGAUCAGAUUUUAGGAUUGUUGAAGUGGGUAAUGGUAUACUACAGUUUAAGUUCAGUUCACAAUAUCAGAUGGAAUGGGUUGAAAGAAAUGGACCAUGGAACUUUGAUAAUAAUCUACUCCUCCUAUGUCGUUGGAAAAAAGGUCUUUCUGCAGCAAAUAUUGUGUUCACGCAUUCACCAUUUUGGGUCCAGGUAUGGGGGCUUCCCUUUGAGUUAAUGGCAGAAGAAACAGGGAGGGAUAUUGGGAGCAGAAUAGGCAACUAUCUUGAAACAGACAGAAGAUCAUGGCAGAUGGAUCAGGCCAAAUUUAUGAGAGUCCGAGUGGCCCUGCAACUAGAUAAACCACUCUGCAGAGGUGGGUAUGUUACAAACUUGGAGAAAAAAAGAACGUGGGUCACUUUCAAAUAUGAAAGACUCCCAUCUGUCUGUUAUGGUUGCGGCAAGAUUGGCCAUGAUGAGAGACACUGUGCAACGCCACCAAAUGAUCGAACAGCUGAACGCCAAUAUGGAGACUGGAUUCGGGCAGAUGGGAUUCACAAAGCGAGUCAAGGAAGAGAAAAAUCUAAUAAGUUCGAUAGCUACCCUUCAAGGAAGGAAAGUGGAAGACCUGAAUCACCACUGGAAACGAACGGCACAAAUGAUCCAACGGCUAACAACAGUGAUGGGGAUCAACGAUCAAGAGGAAAUCAGGGGCUUGAAAACGCUGACAGCGUAGGUGAGCUAGGUGAGGCUGAGUUGACAAGGAAUCAGGUGGUGGGUCAGUCAAUCAAAUGGGAUAACUCAGACGUUGAUCGUCUUGAGGCUCAGAAAGGUGACGUCCCACGCAACAGCUCUUUCACGACUCUAGUUAAAGGGAAAGAAAAAGUAAGUAUGGACAAGAGCUCAGUAGUGGGCCAACAAAAGCCCAAAGGAAGAGAAGAACCAGAGGUAACGAGCCCAAUAAAGCCCAAUCUGAAUGCAGAAACGGAGAAGUUGGUGGGCUAUCUUGACAGUAACAACAGUAAAGAAGGUAAGCCCAAAACUAAAGCAUGGAAAAAAUUAGCUAGAGAGCAGGGCCCAAAUAGUGAUAUGGACAUGGCAGACCAAAGGAUUGGGCCUGGAAAUAAGCGUGUAAGUAGUAUUGAGCCUUUAGAAAUUAAAGAAAAGAGAGUGUCUAAGAAGACCCGUGGUGAAGCUCUCCCUUCUGAUGAGCAACAAACUGAGGAAACGGCGGUGGCUGCUGGUCAGCACCGCCGGAAGCAAUGA